GUCAUCGUUAGAGCGACGAGGAGAAGAAGCGAUAGGGUAGACCGCUCAAACAGCAUCGAAGAUGUUGUCUCAAACAUCGAAGGACAUCCUUUCGGGGAUCGUCGCUGCGAACGCACAGGUGCUCGUCGGCCAGCCCUUCGACAUAGUGAAGGUGCGGCUACAAACUGCUCCUGAUGGCACAUACAAGGGAAUGGUCGACUGUGCUACUCGCAUCAUUUCGAAAGAGGGACCGCUUGCUUUCUACAAGGGAACCUUGACACCCCUACUCGGCGUCGGAGCCUGCGUAUCGAUCCAAUUCGGGGUUAUGGAGGAGCUCAAGCGGAAAUUUACGGCGUACAACCUCCGCGAUAAGACAAACAGCUCUGCCACGCUCACCAGACCUCAGCUGUACACAGCAGGUGCAAUUGCCGGCAUUGCCAAUAGUGUCGUUGCCGGCCCGGUCGAGCACAUUAGGAUCCGUCUCCAAGCGCAACAGACCAAGGUUUACAACGGACCGUUAGAUUGCAUCAAGAAAAUCGUUAGCCAAGCCGGCUUAUCUGGCAUCUACCGUGGGCAGGUCCCAACGCUCUUGAGAGAAGGGCAAGGUAUGGGUGUCUAUUUCCUGACUUAUGAAGCGCUAGUUCAACAAAGCCUGAAGCGGUCGGGGCUGACGCGCAAAGAGCUGCCGACGACGCAUGCGAUGCUCUUUGGUGCAUCGGCUGGCGUCGCGCUCUGGCUCAGCGCCUACCCGCUCGACAUUGUCAAGACUCGCAUGCAGACGGACGCACUCAACCCCGCCGAACGCCAGUACAAAGGGCCGCUCGAUUGCGCGCGCCAGAUCUACCGAAGUGCUGGCGUCGGCGGCUUCUUCCGCGGCCUGACGCCCACGCUGGUCCGUGCGCCGUUUGCCAACGCCGCCACCUUUGUCGCUUUCGAGUGGGCUGCGAGGAACCUUUCGGCUUGGUAGAUGGCGGCGGCGCUCACAGGAUUCCGACGAUAGAGGCCGUAAACCAGCCGUUGAUAGAACCCAAGCAUGAUGCAACGCGUCCGUGUUGCCGCGUACGUUUGCGCCCCAAAGAGAACUUGGUGGAGGUUUCUACGGUACAAGGGCAGAACGUUUACAUACGUAUUUCCACCGAUUUGGGAAACGGCAGCGGAGCAUGAGAGAGAACAAAGGUGAGGAGAGUCUGAGAAGCGAGGCAGCAGAGCGUGAGAUGGGACCGACCGUCCGUCAGGCCGCCUUGGCGAAUCCAACGGCGU